CAAAAUAAUUAUAUAGUGAGAGAAUAAUUUAACUUGAAUUUGGAUUUAUUAAUUUGAAAUUUUCAUGUUACAUAAUUGACAAACACUGGUAGAGCUAGCUUUGACAUCCUUUCCCACAAUUGUAUAACAGAGAUAAUGGCUUUUAAUUUGAAAGGAUGAUAAAAUACUUGUUUAUAUUAAGUGUUUACAUCAUGUGAUAUUUUAUUUUUUUUUAGAUCGCUACACCAGGAAGAGUAGGGUGAUUCAUCAUGGUGUAGUGAAAAGGUUAAUUUUAAAAAUAGUUAUGUCCAGAUAAGACAUGACACUAUGGAUCCUCAGUGCAGAGCGCAAGAUGUCUUACGGUGCUCCAUCUGUGCAGUCUCUAUCCCCUCGAUGCAUUGUGAUGUUUGUAAUAGCUGUCUGUGUAAAAGCUGUGUUGGUGAACAUCUUUCAGAUUUGUCGAAAUCUCAUAAAGUGGUGCCCUUCGAACAGCGGAGUUCUACCCCUAAUUAUCCUACUUGUACGCAGCACACUACCAGGCAGUGUGAACUUUUUUGCGAACAAUGUAAAAUUCCUAUUUGUGUGCAAUGUGCAUCUUCUCAAGAUCACAGGCGCCAUGAAUUUGUUAACAUUAUGACAAUUUUUGAAAAAAAAAAUAAAGACUUGCAAGAAGAUUUGAAAGAAUUAGAAAAAUCAAUAUACCCUAAUCAUCAGAAAUUUUCAUCAAACAUCCAAAUAAAAAAGGCCAACCUUAAAGAAAAGACAAAUGUAUUGACAACAGAUAUUGACACUCAGGGAGAAAUCUGGCACAGAGAAAUAGACGCUGUCGUCAAGAUUCUAAAAUCUAAAAUUCACGAGAUAGAAUCCUAUCAAAUUGGUGUGCUAGAUAAACAACAGGAAGAAAUAAAUCAAAUUAUUUUUGAAAUACAGCAAGUCAUUAUUAAUUUGAAGAAAGUGCUUGUCUCAAAUGAUAUGUCCUUUGUCUUCAGUAACAAAUCCAGGAAUACGGAAUUUAGGAACUUGCCGCCUGAAGUCAACGUUUCCUUACCGAGGUUCCAUUCUCAGAAGAUUGAUACAAAAAAGCUUCAAGAACAAUUUGGUUCUCUAUCAUCGAUGUCUGAUUCAAUGUAUGAGAAUGAAUCCGCAAUGGGAAAUCUGGUGUCUGAUGUAAAUGCAGAAUACGAGAAUGAAUUCACAAUAAAUACUACAGGAAAAGAAGCCUCGAUGCCUAAAGAACCGAAAAUCAUAGUUGCUAGAAACGCCGGUCAAGGGGUCUUGAAUAGUUUGGUUUGCUUGAAUGACAAUGAAAUUUGGACAUCUGGUCAAGACAGCACCAUAAAGCUUUACAACUUGCAAGGUGAAUUACUUUCGUCAAUUCAAACCAAAUCAGGAAACUGGCCUUGGAAUAUAGCAAUCACAAGGAAUGGAGACCUCUUGUAUACUGACCCAAAAGAUAGAACUGUGAAUAAAGUAAGGAGUAAUCAGAUACAGGUGGUGACAAGACUAGGAAGUUGGACACCACGAUCAAUAUGUGGAACUCACACUGGUGACAUCCUGGUUCUGGAGGUCAGUUAUGAUGAAAAACAAACACAAGUUGUGCGCUACACCGACUCAUCCAAAAAACAAACCAUUCGUGUUAACAGUAAUGGCAAGCCUCUCUAUUCCUUCGGGUACUACAACAAAUUCAUUUGUGAAAAUAAGAACCUAGAUAUAUGUGUAUCUGACUAUGGAGCAGGUGCAAUAGUUGUAGUGAAUCAGACCGGUAAACUGCGGUUUAUAUAUACUGGUUCUCCGGGUACUACCGAGGGAUUAUUUUUUCCAAGUGGCAUCGCAACAGAUAGCCAGAGUCAGAUCCUGACUGCAGAGAGUAACAGCCAGUGUAUUCACAUCAUAGAUCAAGAUGGACAGUUCCUCCGCGAUAUUAAACACAACGACCUACAUUUUCCUCGUGUUCUGUGCAUGAACAACAGCGGAAAUAUUUUCGUUGCCGAGUGGGAAGCACAAGUGUUUGAUGUUGGCGUGCAGGAAACUGAAACUUCAAGAAGACUGAAUUUGGAAAACGGUGCAAAUUACAAACUCUUUGUCACCAAGGAUUCAAUAGACCUUGGCGAUUUCAACAGACAAGAAAUCAAGAUUAAGUGGCCGCUUAAAUACAUACGCCGAUAUGGCUUUCACACCAGGAAUCUCUUCAUGUUGGAAGCAGGAAGGCGAUGCGAGACCGGUGAAGGCUGUUUCAAUUUCUUUAUAGACAGAAAUCAAAAAGAGUUAAAAAUGGCCAUAGACAAUGCAGCUUACGAUCAAAGCGAGGGGGCGUUCUCUGUUAAAUUCAGGACACUUCGGAACUAAGCAGGAGUUAUAAAACUCAAAGGAUGCAGGACAUAACUGAACUAACUUCUAAACCUUAAUGAUUCCAUGAAAGUUAUUGUAUUUUAUUAUAUAAUUAUUUUCGGUAUCAGACACCAUAUCUAUCUAUCUAUCUAUCUAUCUAUCUAUCUAUCUAUCUAUCUAUCUAUCUAUCUAUCUAUCUAUCUAUCCAUCCAUCCAUCCAUCAAUCCAUCCAUUGAUCCAUCUAUCUAUCUAUCUAUCUAAUU